AUUUCCGGUUUUGCGCUGGAGUGGGAAGUGAAAAGUUCUAAAUAUGGACAAAUUAAAACGAGCUUUAAGUGGUGAUGAUGCUGACGAAGAGCAAGGAAUUGUCACACAAAUUUACGAAGGUUCUUCCCUGAGUUGGUCAACAAGGAUAAAAGGAUUUUUGAUAUGUUUUGUAUUAGGUGUUGUCCUGUCACUUCUGGGCUCUUUUUGUCUAUUCCUUCCAAGUGGAUUGACCAUUUUUGCCGUUUUUUAUACGAUAGGAAAUUUACUUUCACUAUCAAGCACAUGCUUCUUGAUGGGUCCUGUCAAUCAGUGUAAAAAGAUGUUUGCUGAAACCCGGAUCAUUGCAACAAUAAUAGUAUUUGUGUGUUUGGUUCUUACACUUAUGGCAGCAUUGUGGUGGAAGAUUGCUGGUCUGGCUAUUCUGUUUUGUGUCCUUCAGUUUCUUGCUCUGACAUGGUAUUCGAUAUCAUAUAUUCCGUUCGCACGUGAUGCCAUCAAAAAGUGUUGUGCUAGCUGCAUGACUUAGAUUGUGGACCAGAUUCUUCGAGUGGAAGAAAGAAGACGCAAGCCUUGGGCUUGCAAGACAUUGGAUAUCGUGACAGAGGAUGAUUAUUAUUUUGGAAAAUUCAGGAGUAGCUACAUAUGAGGAUGCUUUGGCGAUAUGCAUGUUGGAUCAGUUAUAACUUUCUAGAGAAAGUUAUGCAUGGUAAUGUAUGUUGAUUUUGCCUUUAAGAAAAAUAUCAUGGAAUUUCAUUGGAGGAAAUGAGAUAAAAAAAAUUUGGUCUACACCCUCAAGCGAGGAGGGAAGUUUGUAAGGUGGAGUGUUAGGAAUUUCUGACUGCCAUCACCAAUGUAAUCUUACAUGGUUACAGUCUACUGUUUGUUAGAAAAAUGUACAUGUACACAGACAUCCUCCCGAUUGUUGGUGUGCAAUUAAGGAUGUAAUCUUUGUGUUGCCUGUGUGAUUGUACAUGCGUUUUGGCCAUACAUGAGCACCAUGACUCCUCCUUUGAAUUGUCACUAAUACUGUUUGAUUCCACAAAUGUUAUUUGUUGUUACGCGGGAAAUGUUGGACGGACCAAAAUUAUUUGCUUGUGAAAAGCUUGAAAAUUGUUAAUUUAUUUCAAAUUGAAUAUUGCUUGCCAUGGGGCCUUUUGUAAAAUAUGUUUUAUGGAAGAUUUGGAGGAGGAUGGUUGUGGAUUGCUGUAUAUGUUUCUCAUUAGAAUACUGGUAACCUUUAUUCAAACCACAAAACAACGGAAAUUUACGUAGAAGUUUAGGAUGUACUGGUAUCCCAAAUAGGGGCACUCGGAUUACAAUGAGGAAAAUAUUUGGGGCACUUUAACCACCAGCAUAUUCUGGCUAUUGGAAUGGUAAAAUGUGCUCCUGAAUACCUUAAUGUGGUCACACUGGCGUUUUGAUACGAAUUGAAUGCGCUUUAAAAAACAAAAAAAUUGCUUCAAAUUCGGAUUCAGUGUGAACAGAGCAUAGGAGUACCAUGAAAACAUUACAAAUCAAGUUAGACCCUUGCUCCUGUUUAUGUUUGGUGAUAGAUUGAAUGAGUGCAAGCAGAAAUUAUGGAAUUCAACACCUUGGUAAAAUUUCACUUCAUGUUUAUUUUUGGUGAUAGAUUGAAUAGAGUGCAUGCAGAAAUUAUGGAAUUCAACACCUUGGUAAAAUUUCACCUCAUUUUAUAGUUCAGGUAACCUCGACCCUAUCCGCCGUACAGCGGAGUGUCAAGAAAGCCUCGUUGAUUUACCCGAGGCGAGCCAUACAUUUUCAGUGCAUACAGUGGAUGCACUGUCAAUAUUGAGUGCUCUGGUAUUCCUGGUUAUUCACUUGGCUCAAGGUUACCCAUGCUUGUGAGAAACACAUGACCGGACACCGGAAGCUGACGCCCCCAAAUCUAGUUCAUGACGAGUGAAAUGCCGUCAAGUACCAGUCUCUGUAAUGAGUGAAUGGACUGGUGAAAGAGUCUAUUCAUUUUACGGUUUGAACAAAGGUUUUGGUCUAAUGGAUUACCAACAUAGAUGAAUGUUUGUGAACAAAUUUUUUCAGAUUGCGGCCCUCGUUGAAAGGCUCCCUUUCUGAUGAGUGUUGUUACUGUGCACAUUUUAAGCUAUGUCCAUUCGAAAUAGCUGUCUAGUUUCUCUAAUUAUGUAGCUGUUUAGUUGUGUUCACAGGAGUGAUGGGUUAUGAUAUAGUAAUAUAUGGUAUAACCAAGAAUGAAUAAAGAUUAAGAAUUUGGGACCAACACUACAGCAUCUUAACUAGAACUACAUGUAGGUUCCACAUUUUGACAAUAGGGGGCUUUCGCAAGAUAAUUCGUCUUCUAUUCAGUGGCUAUCACUACUAUUGGCUGGUUGUUGCUUGAUUUUUGUCACGAAAUACAUGCCUCAAAUAAUGUAACUCGUUUAGUAACGAUUAUUAGGCUAAUAAGGAAUGGCUUUAGGAUGCAAGACAAAUAAUGCCCACCAUCACGCCAUAGCACUGAAAAUUAAAUAAUCAAUUUUGUCUCUUGACAAAAUGCUCUGUAUCUCCUUUAUCUUUAGGAGUUCAGAGCUGAAUAAUGUAUCAUUUUGUUCGUCUUGGUACAAUCUUUACAAUGAUUUAAUAACAUUUAGUAUCUCUUAAUACCCACCCUUUUGAAAAGAACUCGAUUUUUUUUAAUUUCUGAAGUUCCAAAUUCUCAGUCUUUAUGAAUUCUUGGUAUAAACUGAAUGUUAUUUAAUUGAGAUAGUGAGUGAGUUUCGUUGGUAUAAUUUUGUAUAUACUGACGACAUCCAUAAAACUGGUGAUAAUGUAAGCCCAUGCAGACUACCAUUUGAAAACAAAAUAGCCCCUGCUUCAGCACUGCAUUUGCCAUUGGUUACAUUUAUAACAGGCUCGUGUUAGUAGGGUUCCCCCAAAUGCGUGUUUACAAAAUUCGAGGGUUUUGGUAAUUCUCAAUACUAUAUUGUUUUGACUUUGUAAUAUUAUUCUAGUGUUUCUUUCCACACAGCACUUCCAUAGUUGUUGUUUUUGAAAGUGCCUCAAUCAUUGCCUUACUACAGAGCCGUAUUAAUGCUGUUUACAUGACAUAAAAAAGUGUCAUCUCUUCCACUAAGACUAAAAUCACUAAAACGAUGCAAAAUGAGACCUCCUAUAGACAAAUAUGACCAAAAUUAUAUGUCAAUUAAUUGUAGAUGGAUAAAGAAACUCCUGGCCCUGUGGUCGAGCAAUUAUUGUACUUGAGUGUCACUGCAGUGAGACGUGUUGCCUGGUUAUGUGCCCGCCGGAACACAUUCUUUUACUGGUGCUUCUCAACUGGCUAUGAAAGCCAAGAGGUAUCUAUGGUGCAUGCAUUGAAAACAACCUUAAGAUAAUUCUCAAAGAGCAGGGAAAUCUCGUUCCCAAGUUUUCCUCUCAGUGGCCUCAGUCAGUAGUUAAACUUGACAAGUGCAGCAGCAGCAGCAUGACCUGCAAAAUGUUGGUGGAGGGCCAAAGCAUCAGCCAGUUCAAAUAGUUUAAACGCAACAACCAAGCAACCAGGAACGCAUGUGACCGUGGCAACAUUUGAACCCGACAUCAGCAUGUCAAUUCCUGUAAAGAAGUUGCUUUGUUAAGGGUUGACCAUGGAAAUGGCCAUUUUGGCUGGAACUUGAAAUCAAGAAGCAAUUAGAACUCCUUCAAAACGUAGUGAAUGUUAAUUUAAAGGGCUGGAGUCUGUUCUUUGUUUUCCAGAGAACAGCCUCCGGCCCUUGAAAUGAGCAUUCAAUUCAUUUGGAAAGAGUUCUAAUUGCUUUAGGAUUUGGAGGUCUAGCCAAAAUGGCGGUACCUGUGGUCAACCUUUAAUUUUCGUGAUAGAGAUGUUCGUGUAAGAUUGCAUGGAAUCGCCCAAUGAGGCUGACCGUGUAAAUUUUCACGAGCGAGAUGCCUGAGUAAAUUUGCAUGGAAUUACAGUAGAACCUCUCUUAGUGGACACCUCUCUAUUAAGGACACCAGUUUUGGUCCCAAACUGGUUGUUACCAUUCAAUUUGACCUCUAAUCAGGACACCUCUCUAUUAAGGAGAGCACUUGUCAGUCCCAGGGGUGUCAUUAAUAGAGAGGUUCUACUGUACAUGAUCGAGAUGCCCCUUUAUCUUAUCUGGUGACAAAAAGCGCUAUCUCACAAGGUCCGAUCUAAUCCAAAAAAUGUGGCAAUUUCCAAAAAAACAUCUGGAUUGAAUCUAGAUCAAUGUCGAUUAUUUGGGCCAUUUAUAUGCGUGUUUUUAUCCAAUGUGGAGACGAGGUCGCAUUUUUUUAUGUCUUGUAUUUAUGUGAGUGAAAUAUGUAUACCCUUGACUAUAGUUCAUCCAAGUGGUUCUUCCUCCCUAAAUAUAGUUUGUAAUACCAUGUUCAUUGGGACAAUUUCAUGCUACCUCUUUACAAUGUAAGUCAGCGACAUAUCAAAGCCAAAUUCAGUGUAUGGGUACGUAUAGGCAUUAGUAAGAACCCUAUUGAAAAGUAGGUCACCUUGUCUAAAUCCAAGAUGGCUGCCGCCUUACCAGUUGAAAUCUGAGACAAGACCACCAUUGAUUUUUUAAGCCUUUUAGCAGUUAAAUUGUCUAUGUUUGACCGCGACGCAUCAACUACUGCGUAGGGUUGUGAAUCUGAAAUUUUGAUAUGAUAUUCCGGACAGUCAGGCAAGUAAAUGGUGAAAAGUAAACUGGUAGUUGACCAUGGAAUUUUUUUGAUAAUCGACAAAUUGGACAGAUGUUGAUAUUUCCACUCUUUUCAGCCAACUAGCAGAAAAAUCUCAAAACACGCCCCAUUGCCAAAUUAGCAAAAUUCAAAAUUAAUUUUUUCAUCAAAUAAUUUCUUCAUAUAUCUGUAGACUUGCCACACCAAAUAUCUUUUCAAUACCUCUCCAAAUAUGCACUUGACAGUUAAAAACAUACUUGCGUCUAAUUGAUAGAUCUGGACCCUCCAACCUAUGAAUAUUCAAUGGUGGUCUUGUCUCAUCUCGCUUGUGCACUUGUGAGCGCGAUAUAUGGAGACGUCACCAGCGUAACAAAGCCAAAUUCAGUGUGUGGGUACAUAUAGGGUUGUUACUUAUGCCUAUCGAAAAGUAGGUCACCGCAUUAAAUUCCAAGAUGGCUGCCGCCUUAGGUGAUGCAAUCUCGUGAGUGCACUUGUCAGUGCAGACACCCUUUUAUAGCAACAGGGGACCUGGGCGUAACGCUAGUUGGUUGCUGAAAACUGAUGUUACUGUGUACUAUUCAAUGAGGAUGUUAAAAGAACAGUUAAAAUAAAUUGAUAUCAACUUGGUUUGUAAACACUCGGAGUCUCUCAAUUGCUUUAAUUUCUAUCAACAGCAAAGUUGACUUUGCAUUAUCUUAAAAACAUCUGGUGAUUUUUUGUAUGAUGCGCUAUUUUUGAAAUGAAUGUGAUCUAAAAUGUUGUCACCAAACCAUUUUCAAUAGUGACAUGUUCUUAUCGGUAGUUAUUUGUUAUUUCAUCAUCAUUGUCUAUGUCACUAUUAAAAGGUGUCACUGGUGUGCUAGGAGCGGAUGUGUGCUAGUUUUUCAAUCACAUGAAAUUUAACCAUCAGUCUUGUUGAAAAUGUUUUGUACUAGUUGUUUUGUAUAAAGACAGUGCCCUUGUAAUGGCAAGAUGUUGUGCUUGGUGUAAGAGAAGAUUCUAUUUUGGUGCAAGAUAUUUGUGCGAUUUUCCUCUAUUUUUCUGGUGAUUGGAUAUUUUUACAGGUUUUGAUGUUUCUCAUUCAUGAAACUCUACAUGUACUUAUGUAAGAUAUUUGAGCAGAAUGUUAUAUUAAUGUAUGAUCUUUAGCAUAAUGAUGGUUCCUUUCUACAUGUAGUAGUUUUAGACAAAAUUGUAUCAGAAUGAUAACACUGUGUGGCUCUGAGGCAUCAUCCCUAUUAAGGGGGACUAUAGGCAGGAGCAGAGGGGCUAAUCUGGCCAUCUUCAGGUGACAAAUAUACACAGUAAGGGCCCUGGGUCAUGUCAGAUUCAGCACUAAAUAUAUUUCUCAUACAAGCAUGAAUCAUUUCGACGUACUGUGAGAUGUGAGGGACCCCUAUUGGCAACUUGCCUGCCUAGCUGCCGCCUAUAUUGUCCCUUUAAUUCAUAUAAUUUCGUAUCGUGUGAAAAAGACAAUCUAUCCAUUUUGUGUCUAGCUCGAUAAGGUAAACUCAGUUACACAUGGUACAAGCGUAAGGUUUACAGAUACCAUGGAAAUGCACUCUGUAAGUGUGAGAAAUAUUAUUAUCAAAAUUAUUCUUAUUAUCCUCGAAGAUAAGACGCCAAGUUCAACUUGCAUUUCUAAAUGGCAACUUCUUCAAAUAAACAGAGAUACCCUUGAAUCGCAAAAUUUUGACACCUUUGAUAUUUUUAAGAUUCGUGAUAAUUUCUGUAAAAAGCAACAUUCUCACAGUUUUUAUUUUGGUGGAUUACAUAACUUCUUUCUGUGUUUGGAAUAAUUAAACAUAUUUUGGUGGUUUUUAGCUCACCUCUUAGCAGAGGUGAGCUUAUCCCAUACCGUGGCGUCCGUCGUCCGUCGUCGUCGUCGUCGUCGUCGUCGUCCGUCGUCGUCCGUCGUCCGUUAGCAGGGCACGUUUCGUAACUGUUAGAGCUAUUGAGUUGAAACUUGGUACACAUGUACCCUUAUGUAAUGACACCUUUGAGACCAAGUUUCGGUCCGAUUCGUUUCAUGGUUUGGCCACCAGGGGGCCAAACGUUAAAAGUGAAAAUAUGCAAUAUCUCCCUUAAUAGUAGUCGGGAAAUUUUGAAAAAAAUAUGGUAGGUACUUCUAGCAAAGGUGCAUCAUAUAUCCUCCGGGUUUUUGAUUUGACCUCCUUUUCAAGGUCACAGAGGUCAAAUGGUGUAA